GUUCGUUCGUUUCAUUUGCUAAGAACUGCUUCCUAAUCAUUAACUAUGGGAUCAGAGUCCUGGCUUUGCUGUGAGAAGACCGCUGUGCUUCAGGGAGGGCUUCUUCUGGCAGAGCAGCUGUGCCAUUCAAAGCAGCUGCGCUCCCUGAGGAAGCAGGAGUGGGGCGCGGUGGGUCGCCCUGUGCUUCAGGCUGUCCUUGAGAUCUGUGGGGAGGGUCAUGGGGGAAACCAGCAGCAGGUCGACUGGAGGAAGAAGGUUAUCUGCAUCCUGUGGAGCAAGCUGUUGGAAAUGGAGAAAGGGAAUGACGUUGACGCCGCAUGGAGGGAGAAUCCUUUUUUCUCAGUGCAGAACAGCCUGCCCAAAAUCAACCGUGCGCUGCUGUUCGAGCUGGUCAAGUCGAUGGGCUUCUCCAGAAUAUACGUGGAGUUGCUGCUGUGCUUCCCACCGUCGGCCCUGUGCUUGGAGCUAGCCAAGCUGGUUGAGCACAGCACUACAGACAGCACCAAGGAAGACGCCCAGUUCCUGCUGGAAGUGUGGUGGGAACUGUGGAAGGGGAAGGGCAGACAAGAGCAGGCCCUGGAUCAAGCCUUUGCGGCCCAGUGCUUCCGCUACACUAACCCCUCCGCUGAGCUCUCACCCCAGGCCCACAAGAAAUUCAAGCCAGACCCUGACAGAGCCCUGGCCCCCACCUGUGUCCCAUCCAUGCUCCUCCUUGCGUUUAAGGAAAUGAAAGACCACAUAAGUUCACCUGGCAUGUGCUGCUUCGCCCUCUCCAACUGCCUGGAUACUUUUUAUACCUCAUUCUUGCUGGACCAUACAGUAGACACCAGUGCAGAGCUUCAUCUUCAGAAUCUUUCAAAGGCAGUGUGCAUUAGAAAGAGGCAGAUCAGCGCAGAGGAGUAUGAACUAGCUGAAGCCAUCCAAGAAGCCCAGAGAGACCUGGCUGCCACAUGCAGUCCCUCACGAUUCAAGCCACGUGGAAUGACGCUGAUGCAAGCUGUGCAGACUAUGCGGACUCUGACUAAAGCCUGGGGGAAGAGGGAGCUUCUGACUGUCCCAGAAACCGAUGUCCCCACUAACGCUUUCCGUCUAAAACAGAGCUUAGGCAGAGUGAUCGGGGCCUUGGAGGAACUGCAAGCGUCUGAGAUUCUGGUGGAAGGAGAGAGGCAGGAUGUGAAUGAGCUGAAGCUGGCUUUGAAGAACAUGCUGGAUGUUCUUUUCCUCCCUGAUUUGGAAUGCAACUCCACGGAAAUGGCUCGUGUCACCAUAGCUAUAAUUGACCGCCGUCUAGAAAAAUACCAGGAAAUUACUCACUUGUUUGCCUCCGAAAUCAACUGGGCUUCACUUGGGAGUGAGUGGAUUAGCUGCCUGGAGAGGAACAGGGAUGCCUUUCAGCACAAAGAGCUGGUUCUGAAAUUAGUAUCAGUCCUUGUUGCAAAAUGCCAGUCCGACACCAAUAUUGUGCAGUGUAAAAAGCUAAGGGAGAUCAUUCUGGACAUUUUCACCGGGCUUCCACUGCCUGACAAGAACGACACGCUGGCAGGAAUGCUGGCCUCCUGGGGUAAGAGGGGGCUGAACAGCUGCCUGCCCCACGCCGUGUCGGAGGGCUUCAGCGAGGAGCUCAACCUGUCCUUCAACAGCAUCAUCCAGACCCAGGCGAAGGGCAGCCUCGGUGCCGCCGUGUCCGCGGUGUCCCGCGUCGCCUUCCAGGAUCCCGAGGCCACCCUGCGCCGCUGCUGCCACAUGGCUGUGGCCAGUCUGGGGGCCCACGCUCUCCUGGCCCGCAUCCUCCGGCAGCUUCCGGGGCUGGUGCGUCACCAACCCUGCGGUCCCGAGGGGAGGGGCGCGGCCGGGGGCGGCUUGCUGUGCAGCUGUCUGCAGGAGGCCAUCUGGGGUAAGCUGUCCUCGCCUCAGGAGGAGAAGCAGUUCCUGAGUUUUCUCGAGGCUUUGAUGUGUUCGAGUACGGUGGCAGGUGAGUCUGCAGAGGGAGGGCUGUGUUUGCUCCCCCCAGAAAAGGUCGUGCAGACCUUUGUCCUGCCUAAUCUCUCCCCCUCGCUCCCUCAUGGCUGUAGCCUGGAACUGUGUCUGCAGGUGCUUAUGGCCACUCUAAAGCAGACCCCUCACACUGACUCUCCGCACUGGGUGAUGAGCUGCUCUCCGUUCCCUCUGCUCUUUUCCCUCUGUCAGCUGCUGAGUGACAGCUGCAGGUGCUGGGAGGAGCCUGCAGAGGGCGCCCUCCACGUAUCCAUGGAGUCGAAGGAGCUUCUGACGUCAGCGCUGACAGUCCUGGGGGAGAUAGUAGGCAGAGAAGUGGCCGCAGCCCCCAGUUCCUGGUCUAGGGCCCUCUUUUGGCUCCGAAGUAAGAUAGAAGCGCUGGAUUGGACUGUGCCCUUUCACCUGAAACCGAUCUGGGGAGAACACUUCAAAAACGAGGUGCCGUGCUCCUUGCUGGCUGUGUGCGACCUGCCGGAGGAAGAGUGGUCAGGGCUGAAGCUGCUGCAGUACGGGCAGGGCACGGGGCUGCUGGCCUGGGCCGAGUGCUGCUGCAUCUCUGAGGAGGUGCGGGACACCAUGCUGAGCCGCCUGGCUCUGGACCAGCGCCGGCCAGAGGACGUCAACAUGUUCAGCAAGGGCCUGCUGGUGGCGCUGGUGCAGACGCUGCCGUGGUGCACGGCGGAGGGGUGGAGCAGGCUGCUGGGGGCUCUGCGGGAGCUGCUGGGCUCGGGCCGGCUCCACGUGCCGUACUCGCUGGAGUACGUGGACUUCCUGCCCUUGCUGGACCUGAGGGCCUUCGCCGGCGCCCUGCGGCUGUCCGUGCUGCUGCUGCGCGUCUUUCAGCUGCUGUGCGGCUCCAGCUGCGCAGACUGGCUGCCCGCCGGCGGCUGGGCGCACGCAGCGCGGCUCUACGCCGGCACCGUCAGGGAGACGCUCGCCCUGCUGAAGGCCCAGCUGCCCGCCCCUGCCCCUGCCCCCACGACCUCUCCCAAAAACCCGACGCUCUCGGGCGCCUCGGGUGGCGGGCAGGAGGUGCUGUUCGUUCUGACCCAGCUGUUCUGCCACGUCCUCCACGUGCUGGUGAUGCUGCCCGGGCGGGCCGAGCCCCUCUUCCUGUGCGCGCUGGAGAUCCUGACGCAGUGCGAGGCGCUGCUGGCGGGACACCCCGGCAGCAGCUCCACCCUGGAGAGGGAGAACACCAAGCACUUCCUCACCUCCAUCGCCGACAACCUGGACUGUGCCGAGAUGAAGGCCGCGCUGCACCAGAAGAUCGCUCAGCUGUGAGCUCA